UGUGUGUGUGUGUGUGUGAUGAUUCCUCCAGUCCAGCGGGUGGCGCUCUAGAUUAUCUGCGAACGGAGAAGCGGAAGUGGAAAGUGCGCCAUUCCGGAGUUAUCUCGUAACUCUCGCUAGUAGCGGAGCAGAACUGUGGUUUUCCGUUAGCGUGAGCACCUGUUACCGGUACCGGGAGAGCCAGAAGACAGAAACAUGAGGAGGAGUAGAGCGGAGGUGGAGCGCUACAUAUCCGCCGUCCAGAGCGCGUCUCCCGGGCAGAAAGCGCGUCCCCAGAAGGGUUUCCUCUUCGCCAAACUCUACUUUGAGGCAGAGGAGUUUGAUCAGGCCAAGAGACAUGUCUCGGAGUAUCUGAGAGUCCAGCCCAAGGACCCGAAAGCACACAAGUUCCUGGGUCAGCUGUAUGAGCGUGAGGGCAACACGGAGAGUGCGGUGGGCUGCUAUAAGCGUGCGGUGGAUCUGAAUCCGGCUCAGCAUGAUCUGGUGCUGAAGGUGGCGGAGCUGCUGUGUGGUCUCCCGGAGCAGGACAACAGAGCUCGAUUCUGGGUGGAGAAAGCAGCCAAACUCCUGCCAGGACAUCCAGCCGUCUUCAACCUCAGGGAGCGUCUGCUGAGCGAUGCGGGCGGCCGGCACCAGCUGUAUGACCUGCUGCAGUCAGAGCUGCAGCUGCGGCCUGGAGACUCCUACAUUAACUGCAGACUCCUGCAGCUGCAGCGCUCUGAGGGCCGGCACAGGGACGCCGUCACACACGGCCUGCAGGUGGAGGAGCGCGGCCUGCUGAGAGACCAGCUGGAUUGGUACAAGCUGCUGGUGGAGACUCUAGAGGAGUAUCUGUCGGUUGAGCAGGCGUCCCGUAAGGUCCAGAAAGAGCUGUUGCUGGCCCACUGCAGACUCCUGCGGCUCACACUGAUGCAGAAGAGCUGUGAGGAGGCGGCGGACGCUCUCUGGAGUUUUGACCAUGCGCUGCAGACGCUGAAGAACACAGCGCUGAACACGCAGGAUGAGCUGGCGGAGGUGUUUUUGGAGAUGCGUGCGCAGCUGUACCUGAGCGCCGGCACACUGCUGCUGAAGAGGGCUGAGCAGAGGGAGCUGCAGUGGAGAGCGGUGCAGGAUCUGGCUGCACUGUGUUACCUGGUGGCAUAUCAGGCCCCCAGACCCAGAGGGCGGCUCCUGCAGGGUGAUGCGGCCCCGGGGCCCCUGCAGCUGCUGUGCUGUGAGCGUCAGAGUCAUGCGGGACACAUGCUGCUGAACCUGCAUGCGGAGCCGGAGCAGCUGCUGGAAAACCUGUUGGAGAAUUUCGGGAACCGCAGCGUCCCCGUCCGGCUGCUGGACACACUCUUCAACACCGCAGACCACCAGCACACCUUCCUCUGCAGCGACCACACACACAUCACCAGCCCACACCCGCCCAGCGCACAGCACCUGGCCCAGGUGGACAGAGGGUGUGUGCAGCAGUGUGCAGGGGACCUCCAGCAGCUGGUAUGGUUGGCUCUGCAGUGGAGGCUGAUGGAGCAGACUGUUGACCUGCAGCAGUGGUUGAAGCUCCUGUUCCCGCGCCUGCCUCUGGAGACCUCCAAACUGGACACCAGCGCCCCCGAGUCCCUCUGCCUGCUGGACUUAGAGGUGUUUGUAAGCGGUGUGGUGUUCACCUGUGAGGCGCAGCUGCAGGAGUGUGAGUGUGUGUCGUCUGCGCCCCGCUGUCUGCCGCUUCCGCUGAUGAAGCUGCUGUCCACCGCCAGGCAGAGGGAAUGGUGGGACGCCGUAUACAACCUCAUCCACAAGAGGGCGCAGCCGGGCUCCUCUGCUAAGCUGCGAAUGGUAGUUCAGCAUGGGCUAGGAAUGUUACGAGGCGCAGAGAAGCACGGGCUCCAGCCGGCACUGCUCGUCCACUGGGCUCGGCAUCUGGCUGCAGCGGGCGAGCGCACUAACUCCUACUAUGAGCAGAGGGAUUAUGCGGGCCGCAGUGUGCACUACUGGAAGCUGCUGCUCCCCCUGCUGGAGAAAAUCUGCAACAAGCGCAGCAUCCCAGAGCCUCUGGAGCCGCUGUUCCCACACUUCAGGAGCAGAGACAUACAGGCUGCUGAGGUGUGUGCGCUGCAGCAGGAGGUCAGUCUCAGCGCUGCCGUCCUGCUGGACAUUGAGGGUAGCACAGAGGAGGCCAUCGCUCAGCUGGAGCAGAUCAACACUGUGGGCUCUGACUGGCAGCUGGCCAAGAUCUACCAGCGGCUGGUGGAGGAAGCAGGAAACGGCUUGGAAGAAACACAGGGCCGCUGCACCAACUUCCUGCUGCAGUUCCAGAAAUACCUGAUGAAGAUUUGCCAGGCCAGCACAGAGGACAUGGAGAGGCUGCCGGUGGGAAUGGAGGAGGUGCUGGAUCUGCUGAAGGAGGUGUCUCAGCAGCUGGAGGAGGAUGGAGUGGAGCAGCAGGUGGAGCCGCAGCAGGUGGAGUUCCCCCGCACCUCCAGCCCUGGCCGGCCCGCUGAAGCCCAGCACGCACUCGGCACUCCCUCCCCAGCCAAGAGCUCCGCAUCGCCCGCCAGGAGACCCACCUUCUCCCCCAAGACGCCUCCGCACUGGGCCGAGGACCAGAAGUCUCUGCUGCAGAUGCUGUGCCAGCAGGUGGAGGCCCUGAAGAAUGAGGUUCAUGACCUGCGGCAGAACCCCGCCGACAGCACCGGCUCCUCAUACCGCAUAUAUCCAGAGAACACAGAGGGGUUUCCUGCGGCACAGACCUUCCACGGCGUUCCUCUAACCGUCUCUACCACAGGUCCCUCUGGGUACUACAGCCAGUCUCCGGCGUAUAACUCUCAGUAUCUUCUUCGCCCUGCUGCAAACGUCACUCCCACAAAGGGUCCGGUGUACGGGAUGAACCGUCUUCCUCCACAGCAACACAUGUACAGCUACCAGCAGCAAACACAUACUCCGCCGCUGCAGUCCACACCGGCCUGCAUGUACCCUCAGGAGCAGGUGUUCGGUGCGCCCAUUCGCUUUGAGUCUCCAGCCACGUCUCUACUGUCCCCGUACAGCGAAGAGUAUUACGCCCACAGCGUUCCUCAGCCUACCGUCAAUCCUACAUUACCUGAGCCAGGAUACUUCACCAAGCCCAACGCUGCAGCGUCUAUGCAGCCGUCUAGGAGCAGCGAGAGCAAGACGGAGGCCCGGACCAGCCUCGGGCCGCAGUUCACUCCUGAAGUCUCCAAGGUUCCACACUUUGGGGGCGUCAUUGUGGCUCCAUCAACAUCCACCACUACAACCUCGACUGCGUUCAAGUUCAACUCCAAUUUCAAGUCCAAUGAUGGCGACUUCACAUUCUCCUCCUCCCAGAGGAAAAACAGCGAGAGCCUGCUGGGCCUGCUGACCUCAGAUAUUCCUCCCAAAACAGAUGGACCGUCAGAGCCAAAGCAGAGCCAUGAGCAGACCGGAGUCUUCACCUUUGGGAGUAAAAACGCCACAGGAUUUUCAUUCACUGAUGGUUCUCAGAGCAAAAUGAAUAUUUUUGGCAACACUGACCCAUUUAGCUUUACAAGUGGAGCCAAACCAGUGCUGGGCGCUGCUGAGGAGAAAAGCGGAGACAGUGAUAACGACAGCACACAUGUGGAGGAGGACGAGGACGGCCCUCACUUCGAGCCCAUCGUGCCUCUGCCUGACAAGGUGGAUGUGAAAACCGGCGAAGAGGAGGAAGAGGAAAUGUUCUGCAAGAGAGCAAAGCUGUUCCGGUUCGACGCAGACACUAAAGAGUGGAAGGAGAGAGGGAUAGGCAGCAUCAAGAUCCUGAAGCACAAAACAUCUGGGAAAGUUCGCCUGCUGAUGAGGAGGGAGCAGGUCCUCAAAAUCUGCGCUAAUCACUAUAUCACUGCAGACAUGGCCCUAAAACCCAAUGCUGGGUCCGACAAGUCCUGGGUGUGGUACGCCAUGGAUUAUGCAGAUGAAAUGCCAAAGACCGAGCAGUUGGCCAUUCGCUUUAAAACGGCAGAUGAUGCAGCACUGUUUAAAGUGAAAUUUGAGGAGGCUCAGAAAUUUAUUUCUGCACAAGGCCCACUGCUGGAAAAGACAAGUGAAUUGCUAAAGCCUCCGAUUGCAUCUAAAGAGUCAGAUCUUAAGAUCCGGUUUUCCAAGAAGGAAGGUGAAUGGGACUGCGAGACGUGCUGUGUCCGGAACGCUCCUGCAUCUGCAGUGUGUGUAGCCUGCGGCAGCCCGGCACCUUCAGCUAAAGGCAAACCUGCGGAGCAAAUCAAGAGCUCAGCAUUGCCGAAGCCUCUGGUUGCAUCUAAAGAGUCAGAACUUAAGAUCCGGUUUUCCAAGAAGGAUGGUGAAUGGGACUGCGAGACGUGCUGUGUCCGGAACUCUCCUGCCUCUGUAGCGUGUGUGGCCUGCAGCAGCCCGGCACCUUCAGCUAAAGGCAAACCUGCGGAGCAAAUCAAGAGCUCCGUGUCGCUGGCUCCCCCUGCCAAAGUCUUCUCUUUUGGACUUCCUGCAGAUUCUGCCAAAAGCACUUCCUUCACAGAUGGCAGCACAAAAGGCUCAGCAUUUGGAUCUCAAAUACCAGCUUCUUUUAGUUUUGGGUCAAGUAAUGCCGCAGUGACCCCACUUGGCUUUGCCUCUCAGACUGAUAAGAAGAGCAUACCUGCAGAUACUAAGCAAAACACCAAAGUUUCCCCGACACCAGCAUUCUCCUUGACCCCUGGGUUCGGUUCUCAGUUUGCCAAGAAAGAUGGUCAAUGGGACUGUGACUGCUGCUUGGUGAGGAACGAUGCGUCCGCCACUGAAUGUGUUUCCUGCAAUACCCCCUGCAGCACACCGAAGACUGGGUUAGCAGCUAUGUUUGGAAAGAAAGCUGGGCAGUGGGACUGUGACGCCUGCCUGGUGAGAAAUGAAGGCGAAUCUAGCCACUGUGUUUCAUGUCAGACGGCGAACCCCAACAUGAAGAGCAAGACCUCAUCAGCACCGUCCAGCUCCACUUUCAGCUUCAGUUUUGGCAGUUCUAGCAGCCAGCCUGCCGCCACCGGCUUUAAGAGCAGCUUCACUGCAGGCCCUGCAUUUCAGUUUGGCACAAGUACAGAAAAAUCCUCUUCAGAGGGCUUUAAGUUUGCGUCCUCCUCCACUCAAGCUGAUAAAUCAUCAAGCAGCUCUAAUUUCUCAUUCUCAAUGCCAGCACCUGGUGAAGGAUUUAAGUUUGGCAUUACUGAACCUCAGACGAAGGCAUCCGACACACAGCCACAAACUAGCUCCGCAUCUGACCUCCUCAAAAAUAUUGCAGAACUUCACAAAGAGAAGGAGAAAGAAGCCAUCCAGAGUUCCUCAGAUGAUUCUGCAGACACCAGCGCUCAUGAUGAUAAUCCUCUCAUUAGCGGAAAGGCCGACACCUUCAGCUUUGCAGACCUGGCCAAGUCCUCUAAGGAAGGUUUUCAGUUCGGCCAGCAGGAUCCCUCUUUCAGAGGCUUUGCAGGGGCCGGCCAGCAGCUCUUCACAGUGCUUCCUAAACCAGAUACCUCCGCCGAUCAAGAGGACGAAAUGUACAGAACAGAGGAGAAUGAUGAUAUUCAGUUUGAACCUGUCGUUCAGAUGCCGGAUAAGGUUGAUCUGGUCACAGGGGAAGAAGAUGAGAAAAUCCUGUAUUCGCAACGGGUCAAACUCUUCAGAUUUGAUCCAGAGACGAGUCAGUGGAAAGAGAGAGGAGUUGGCAACCUUAAACUGCUGAAAAACAACCAGAAUGGGAAACUGCGAGUGCUCAUGCGGAGAGAGCAGGUGCUGAAGGUGUGCGCCAACCACUGGAUCACCACCACCAUGAACCUGAAGCCACUUGCAGGAUCCGAUCGGGCCUGGAUGUGGUUGGCCAGCGAUUUUUCAGAUGGAGAUGCAAGAUUAGAGCAACUUGCUGCAAAAUUCAAGACGCCGGAGCUUGCUGAAGAGUUUAAGCAAAGGUUUGAGGAGUGUCAGCGGCUGCUUUUGGAUAUUCCUUUACAGACGCCUCACAAGCUGGUCAACACUGGCAGGACGGCUCACCUUAUACAGAAAGCUGAAGAAAUGAAAUCUGGUCUCAAGGACCUCAAAUCAUUCUUGACUCCCCAGAGCAAGGAGGAAGAGAGUAGUGUUACGGCGGACAGCACCUCUUCAGUUAUCGUCAAGCUGGACUCGGAGACUACCAGCACUGCAUUAGAAUGGGAUAAUUAUGAUCUGCGGGAGGGAGCGCUGAAAAGCUACACUAAACCCUCAGCAAGUGAUGCUUCUGUGCAGCCGGACACAGUCGCUAAGAGUUUAUUCCGCUUUGGCGAAUCGACCACAGGCUUCAGUUUCAGCUUUCAGCCUAUUCUCAGCCCCUCCAAGUCUCCGUGUAAGCUGAACCAGAGUCAGGCAUCAGUGGGCACAGAUGACGAGCAGGACACCUCUCAGGAGGAGGAGCGGGAUGGACAGUACUUCGAGCCGGUGGUACCCAUGCCUGACCUGGUCGAGGUCUCGACCGGAGAGGAGGACGAGCAGGUGCUGUUUAGUCACCGUGCCAAAUUAUACCGAUACGACAAAACUCUUAGUCAGUGGAAGGAGAGAGGUAUAGGAGACCUUAAAAUACUUCAACACUACGAAACAAAGCGCGUCAGGCUUGUGAUGAGACGAGACCAGGUGCUCAAACUGUGUGCAAAUCACUGGAUCGACUCAAGCAUGAAGCUGGAGCCCAUGAAGGGCGCGGAGAAGGCCUGGAUCUGGAGUGCCUUUGACUUUGCUGAAGGGCAGGGUAAAGUGGAGCAGCUGGCGGUGCGCUUCAAACUGCAGGACACUGCCAGCAUUUUCAGAGACGUCUUUGAAGAGGCCAAGACUGCACUGGACAGAGACACUCUGCUGAACCCACGAUCUGCCCGAGAAGCGUCCUUCAUCCAAGAGUCGAUCUGCGGCCAGGCGGCUGUGGCUGUGCUGGAGGAGACCACUAAAGAGCCUUCCGGACUUCCAGAGCAUAGCAGUCCAAAACCUGAGCGGACGCCCCCAGCAGAGUUUUCCACUCCGGUCAGCAAGACUGUGGUCUCUCCACCCAAGUUUGUGUUUGGCUCAGACUCUGUGCAGAAGAUCUUUGGCAGCCCAAAAGAGAAUUCUGCGGUUUCUCCUGUCCGGACAGCAGAUGAGGACAGUGGAGAAUCCAGACUGAAGACCUCUGCAGUGACCUCCAGCCAGGCUGGCACUCCUUUCAGCUUACCAACCAAAAGUUUGGAUUUUAGGCUUUUCAAAGAUAAUCCUAUGGCAUUUUGGACCUGCACAUCAGAUGCCCAGUUUGAAGCCCAAGCCUGUCCUUCACUGAAGCAGAAGAGCGUGCAGGACUUGUAUAAUGAUGAUGAUGAUGAUGAUGAUCUGGAGGUGAUCUUCGAGCGCCAGCCAACAAGAGAACAGGCAGAUCUGGCGGCCUCACUGCUUCUGCCGCACACCUUCUUCUGCUAUAAGAACCGUCCCGGAUACACCAGCGAGGAGGAGGAGGACGAUGAAGAUUUCGAGAGCGCUGUGAGGAGUCUUCAGGGACAGCUGUAUGAAGAUGAUCACGAGUGUGUGCUGGUAUGGGAGAAGCGAGCAUCUGCAGAUGAGGAGCAGAGGGCCAGGCGUCUCCUCCUCCCUCCUACAUUCCUGUGCGGCGUCAGCAGUGACUCGGACCUGGAGCCCGAGCGGGCAGAGGACAGCAGCACACACACACAGGCGGACACACUGACACAAACGCAGGUCAGGCUGGAUCCAUCCCAUGAUGCAUCAGUGGCCAGCAGUAGCACCAUGGAGCUCCAGAAGACUGACCGCAGCUCUCCGAUUGACCUGUCUACUAAGAGGAGCAGUGAGAGCAGCUUCAGUGCAGACACCGCACAUCUGACCCCCGCUGAUCCCUCAGGUACAGUGCUGACUCCCACUGACCCCAGCUCUUCAGCUGACCCCUCAGGUACAUCAUUGACCCCCGCUGACCCCAGCUCUUCAGCUGAGCCCUCAGGUACAUCAUUGACCCCCGCUGACCCCAGCUCCACCACUGAGCCCUCAGGUAUCUUCUUUGGAUCUGCAACUGCAAGCCCAUUCUCAUUCGCAGAUCUGGCCAAGACCUCAGGAGAGUUCGCGUUCGGGAAGAAAGAUGAAAACUUCAGCUGGUCAAAUGCGGGCGCAGCAGUGUUUGGAGCUGCAGCACGUGCUGAAACACACAGAGAUGAUGAUGAUGAGGGUGAUGAUGAUGAAGCUCCCCACAGUGACGAGAUCCACUUCGAGCCCAUCGUUUCUCUGCCAGAGGUGGAGGUGCGUUCGGGCGAGGAGGAUGAGGAGAUCCUGUUUAAGGAGCGGUGUCGUCUGUACCGAUGGGAUCGAGAUCUGCAGCAGUGGAAGGAGCGCGGCGUGGGCGAGCUGAAGAUCCUGUUCCACCCGCAGAAGAAGAGCUACAGGCUGCUGAUGAGGAGAGAGCAGGUGCUGAAGGUGUGCGCCAACCAUACCAUCAGCAGCGGCAUCACCCUCACACACAUGAACUCCAGCGCCAACGCUCUCGUCUGGACCGCCACCGACUACGCCGAGGGUGAUGGGAAGGUGGAGCAGCUGGCAGUGAAGUUUAAGUCUGCAGAUCUGGCGCAGAGCUUCCGCCGUGUGUUUGAGGACUGUCAGCGGUGUGUGUCGCAGGCGGACAGUGCGCAGGUGUCGCUAGCGGAGACGCUGUCGCGAGAGUCAAACCCACGCGUGUUCUUCGAUGUGUGUGUGGACGGAGAGGACGCCGGCAGGAUCGUCAUGGAGCUGUUCGCACACAUCGUGCCCAAAACUGCAGAGAACUUCCGUGCGCUGUGCACCGGGGAGAAGGGCUUCGGCUACAGCGGGUCCAUAUUCCACAGGAUCAUCCCCGACUUCAUGUGUCAGGGUGGGGACAUCACGCAUCAGGACGGCACCGGCGGGCGCUCCAUCUAUGGUCAUGCGUUUGAGGAUGAGAGCUUCGAGGUGCGGCACACGGGUCCAGGGCUGCUCUCCAUGGCCAAUCGCGGCAGAGACUCCAACAGCUCGCAGUUCUUCCUCACGCUGCGCAAGGCGGAGCACCUGGACUACAAACACGUCGCCUUCGGCUUCGUCACCGAUGGCAUGCAGGUGCUCAGGAGACUGGCAGAGAUGGGCACCAAAGAGGGCAAACCCACACACACCAUCACCAUACACCACUGCGGACAGCUCUGACCACACACACACACACACACACACACACACACACACACACACCCCCGUACCUGUCAUGUAGAGGUGGACGUUGAUUUCAAUGGCCUGUUUUUGCAUCACUUUUCCUAUUGAAAUAUUCUUAUUUUUUCUUUAAAUAAACGUGUGAAGGUGUG